CAACCCUUUUCUCCAGAUCAAUUGUAGAACUCUCAAUAAUACUGUCAGAACACCACCGUCGACAUGGGAUCAACAACACAAUCAGAUGAGCUUAAAGCUUUGCAUUUCCCUUUCGAGGAUCCCAAGUUUAUCUUUUUCACCGAUUUCGAUGGCACCAUCACAGAGAGGGACAGCAAUGAUUACAUGACGGACAACAUCGGAUUCGGCACGGCGGAGCGAAAGCAGGGCAACAAAGAUGUGCUCGAAGACAAGAAGACAUUUCGCCAAUCCUUCAGAGAGAUGAUGGACUCCAUCACAGCACCAUACAACGAAUGCAUCGACCUGCUCGUGAAGAACAUCACCCUCGACCCCGGCUUCAAGGAGUAUUUCGAAUGGUCCCUUGAAAACAAGAUCCCCACGGUCGUUGUGUCCUCUGGCAUGGAGCCCAUCAUCCGGGCAAUCUUGCAGAACUUGAUCGGAAAAGAUGCCGACAAGCUGGAUAUCAUCAGCAAUGACGUUGAGGCUCGACCGGGCAAGACGAUCAACGAGAAGAGCGGCUGGCAGAUCAAGUUUCAUGAUGACAGUGACUUCGGCCACGACAAGUCACUGUGCCUACGACCAUACAGCACUCUGCCCAAGGACAAGCGUCCUACCAUGUUCUACGCUGGUGAUGGAGUUUCCGACCUGUCGGCUGCUCGCGAGACGGACCUACUGUUUGCGAAGAAGGGACAUGAUCUCAUCAGCUACUGCGCUCGCGAGAAUGUGCCGUUCACCGUCUUUGGCGACUGGACUGAUAUCCUGAGGGAGGUGAAGAGGAUCACGGCAGGGGAGACGACUGUGGAGCAAGCUGCAAAGGAGGGCUACGAACAAUUCAAGAAGGGUGAUGCUGGCGUCAGUGCUUAGAUCUCUGCAUUGCAGAAAGGACAGGCUUCAGUUUUUGGCUCGAUGGUAUCGUAACGAAUCAGCGAACAGAACUGCGGAAGGAGUCCUGCAUAGACGAAGAGCGGUAGAGACGUAGAGCUAGAUGCAUACCCGCAAAUAUGAGUGUUCCAUAGGUUGUUCACGACAGACC